CCAGGGUUCUCGCGAUGACCGCUUUGGUGAAGCUUAUCGGAGCGGCCUACGGCGACAAACUCGCGUGCGCGGCCGUCUUCGCGGAAUCACGGGGGACCACCACGGCGAGCAGCUUCGAUUUGGGCGUUUCCGGGGAUUCAAGUGCAAGCGUUGUAUACGGGGAGCAACAGCAGCAGCAGCAUCCUCUGCAUUCCGCGCGGUUAUCCACCGCAAGGGAACACCAGCAUCAACAUCAAACCGGGAAUAUGAACUCAAAAUCCACAUCUAAUUUCUCUGGUGGAGCAGGCCAUCAUCAUCAUCACAAUCACCUUCGGGGAGGACACCUCGACUCCCAGCCGCACAUCACCAACCCCUACUGCGAC